AUGAGUAACUUUGAGCAUAUUCUCAAGGAAAUUGGAUCAUUUGGUUUAUUUCAGAAAUAUUUAGUCUUUGCAUUGUGCAUCAUCAACGUAUUUUCAGGAUUUGACAUUUUUAGUCAGGUGUUUACAGGUUUGAAUUUUCUACACCACUGUAACACUGACUGGAUCUUGGACCAUGGCCCCAACUUAACCUCUGAAAGACAAAAAAAUCUCACACUGCCAGUGGAUGAAUAUGGAAAGUUUGAAAGCUGUAAAAUGUUCACACCUGUGAAUUUGAGUUUGGAAACCAUUGAAGCCUUUGGGAUUAACACUACAAAAGAAUGUAUAAAUGGAUGGAAUUAUGAGACACCCCCAGGUGCCUCCAGCAUUGUGACAGAGUUUGAGCUCGUGUGUGAUAGCAGUAGUUUGAUUGAGGCAUCACAGUCUGUCUACAUGGCAGGUAUUCUGGUUGGAUCAUUAGUGUCUGGAGCAAUUUCUGACAGGUUUGGUCGACGCUGUUCCAUUCUACUUUCAGUGAGUUCCCAAAUAUUGUUCGGUGUGGGUGCUGCUUUCUCACCCAACAUCUACAUUUAUAUGGUUAUGAAAUUUUUCUCGGGAUCUUCAGGAGCUGUCAUUCCAGUAUUAACAUCUGUAAUGGCGGUGGAGUGGACUGAUCCAUCCAAGGGUGCUCUUUGUAUUUGUGCAUUAUCCAUUUUUUUCUCUCUUGGACUGAUACUGUUGUCUGGAAUUGCCUACAUUGUCCACAACUGGAGGAUCCAACAGUUGGUGCUCUUUUGUCCUCUUGUCCUUGUGCUGGGAUUCCUCUUCUGGUUUCUCCCAGAAUCAUCUCGCUGGCUUUUGACUCAGGGCAGAAAGGAGGACGCUCACAAGCAGCUUCAGAAAGCAGCCAGGAUGAAUAAGAGAGAGAUUCCACAAGAUGUGCUGGAUAAUAUGGAACUGGAGGGUGCACAGAAACAAGGUUCCAUGUUGGACAUCUUUCGGACCUCCUAUUUGAGAAAACGUUCUGCAAUAAUGGGCUGUAACUGGUUUGCAUCGAGUCUACUGUACUAUGGACUGAGCCUGAAUGUCGGAGGUUUUGGUCUGAACAUCUACCUCACACAGUUCAUCUUUGGUUUAGUUGAAACUCCAGCCUACCUGGCAUAUUUGGUUUCAACUCAGUACCUUGGAAGGAGACCAAGUCAAGCAGGCUACAUGCUCAUUGGGGGCGUUGUUUGCCUUUUGAUCCUUGCUGUUCCAGAGGACCUCCCUGUGGUGGUAACGGUCAUCGCUGUUCUGGGAAAAUUCUCUGCAACUGCCGGUUUCGGUACAGCUUACAUUUAUACUGCAGAACUCUACCCUACCUUUGUUAGGAAUAGUGGUUUUGGCCUAAACUCCAUGUGUGCACGUGUGGCGGGCAUCCUUGCUCCACUCAUCAGACUGCUGGAGGUCUACCAUUACACCAUCCCCAUGCUGACAUAUGGGAUCAUCCCAAUUAUUGCUGGAGGUUUGGCUUUGUUACUGCCCGAGACCCUCAAUGUUGAACUUCAAGACCACAUUGAACUGAAAUAAGCUCAAGAGUUAUUGUAGCAUAAAAAAACAUGCUGUAAUGGAACAAAUGGAUAAAUACUCAAGA